AUGGUUUCUCCUAUACUGAAAUCAUCUUUGAAUCAAAGGCUCAUUCGCCAAUUGGGUCAAAGAUCAAACUCAUCUUCAACUUCAGCCUUGGCUUAUAAGUUGUUGAGAAAUAAACAAAGACCACCAUUACCAACUUUAGAAACCCCAAAAUGGAGUGCAGAAUCAGCAGUUGCUUCUAUUUUAUACGAAUCUCCAUCUGAUGUUAAGCCACCAGUCAAACAACAUGUGUUAAGUUGUCUUGUUCAAAAUGAACCGGGUGUUUUAUCUUUAGUCUCUGGUACUUUAGCUGCUAGAGGUUUCAACAUUGAUUCUUUAGUUGUUUCAAAUACUGAAGUUAAAGACCUUUCAAGAAUGACCAUUUGUUUAAGAGAAAAAGAUGCAGUUAUUGAACAAGCUAGAAGACAAAUCGAAGGCUUAGUUCCAGUUUAUGCUGUUUUAGAUUAUACAAAUGCGGAAAUCAUUAAAAGAGAAUUAUUACUAGCUAGGGUUUCUCUUUUAGGUCCAGAAUAUUUUGAAGAUUUAUUGGAACAUCAUGGUGAUCUAACAGGUUCACAAGACUCUAAUGCAAGUGGCUCUAAAUACCAUCCAAGAAAUUUAACAGUUUCAGAAAUUUUAAGAUUAAAGAAUGAAUAUUUUUCAGCAAUUCAAAAAAUUGUUGACCAAUUUGGUGGUAAAGUUGUUGAUAUUAGUGAUAGAAAUAUCAUUGUUGAAUUGAGUGCUAAACCUUCAAGAAUCUCAUCAUUCUUAACUUUAAUUCGUCCAUUUGGUGUCUUGGAAGUUGCCAGAUCUGGUAUGAUGGCAUUACCAAGAACUCCAUUAUCUGAUUCCACUGAAGAUGCUCCAGCUGUUAACGCUGAUGAUGUUGUUGAUGUUUCUCAAUUACCACCUGGUUAG